AUGGCUGAUGGCGAUGAGGCCGAUAAGAACAUUGGGAUGUGGAAAAUCAAGACAUUGAUCAAAUCUCUUGAGGCUGCCAGAGGAAAUGGGACCAGCAUGAUUUCCCUUAUAAUGCCCCCACGUGAUCAAAUAUCUCGUGUUAACAAGAUGCUCGGGGAUGAGUUUGGAACUGCAUCAAACAUCAAAAGCAGGGUGAAUCGACAGUCCGUGCUUGGUGCAAUCACUUCUGCUCAGCAGCGGCUCAAGCUUUACAACAAGGUUCCUCCCAACGGGCUUGUUUUGUACACUGGCACAAUCGUCACUGCAGAUGGGAAGGAAAAGAAGGUGACUUUUGAUUUUGAGCCUUACAGACCUAUCAAUGCGUCUCUUUAUCUCUGUGACAAUAAGUUCCACACUGAAGCAUUGAAUGAGCUCCUGGAGUCUGAUGACAAGUUUGGAUUCAUUAUCAUGGAUGGCAAUGGUACUCUUUUUGGGACCUUGAGUGGUAAUACAAGAGAGGUUCUUCAUAAAUUUACUGUUGAUCUCCCAAAGAAACACGGGAGAGGAGGCCAAUCAGCUCUACGGUUUGCCCGUCUUCGUAUGGAGAAACGUCAUAACUAUGUGAGAAAGACCGCAGAGCUUGCUACCCAGUUUUAUAUCAAUCCUUCUACCAGCCAACCCAAUGUUGCUGGCUUAAUACUCGCUGGUUCUGCUGAUUUCAAAACUCAGCUUAGUCAGUCAGACAUGUUUGAUCCUCGGCUUCAGGCAAAAGUGCUUAAUGUUGUUGAUGUUUCCUAUGGAGGGGAAGACGGCUUUAAUCAGGCUAUCAAACUCUGUGCCGAAAUUCUGUCCAAUGUGAAGCUUAUCCAGGAGCAACGAUUGAUUGGAAAAUACUUUGAGGAGAUCAGCCAGGAUACCGGAAAGUAUGCUUUUGGGGUUGAUGAUACACUAAAAGCUCUGGAGAUGGGGGCUGUUGAGACGCUUAUUGUAUGGGAAAAUCUUGAUAUGAAUAGGUAUGUGUUGAAAAAUAGUGUUACUGGUGAGAUUGUUAUUAAGCAUCUUAAAAAGGAACAGGAGGCCAACCAAGACAACUUUCGGGAUCCUGCAACCUCUGCUGCUUAUGAGGUUCAAGAAAAGAUGUCUCUGCUGGAGUGGUUUGCAAACGAAUACAAACGGUUUGGCUGCACUCUUGAGUUCAUCACCGACAGAUCACAAGAAGGUUCACAGUUUUGCAAAGGUUUUGACGGGAUAGGCGGGAUCCUGCGCUACCAGCUUGACAUGCGAUCAUUUGAUGAAUUCUCUGAUGAUGAAGAGGUAAAUGAUGAUUCUGAAUAG